CUGUGUCCCGGGCUGGCGUGCUUUUGGCCCGCCGAGUUUUCGAGUUGCUGAGUGCAGCGACCCGCUCCUGCUCUCCGCACCGCCAGUAAACAGCCUAGGGACAGCUAUGUGACAUGGAGACAGCUCAGAGGGACCAGCUAUGACACGGAGAAUGUCCUUCUUUUUGGCAUCUGUCAGUCUACUUCUACUUCUUCAUGGGGCAGUCUCAGUGUGGGCAGAAGAACUGCGGGCCCACCCCUUCACUGAUGUGACCCUCUCCUGCCAUUUCUCCUUUGUGGAGGGCACUGAAAAUCUCGAAUUUUCUUGGGAAAGAGAAGACAUCAGAGAGGAAUAUGAGGUAGAUGAUGAUGCAAAAUUUUAUCGCUUUUUCCGUUAUUACGACUUCUUUGAAGUUUUCACGAAGUUAGUUUACCAGUUUCACAAUAACACAGAGCAACUUGAAGAUCAAAAUGCCAUGUAUGAAGGUAGAGUCUCUGUGGACCAGGAUGAAAUUUCUGAAGGGACACUGUCACUUCUGCUAAGAAAUGUGAACUUCAUGGAUGAAGCAAUAUACAAGUGCUCAGCCGUCACACCAGAUGGAAGGGGCGAAAGUACAAUUAAGCUAAUCAUAGAAGACUCUGAAAUGCCCCAGGUGCAAUUUGACAAGAUUGAUGAUGAGGAUGUGGCUAUUUGCAUCUCCAAGGGCUGGUACUUUGCACCCAAUGUGACUUGGUUGGACAGGGGUGAGAGGGACCUAAGUAAUCAGAGUACCGUUGAGAUCCUGGAGGAGCAGAUGAAUGGCCUCUACCGGGUAUACUCUGUUCUGAAAUACCCAGUCAAGUUAAAUGAGAAAUAUGUCUGUCAUAUCCAAGAGACAGACCAGAACUACAAGCCCGUCCGAAUGAUCCGCAGAUACCCAAAGAGAAGGUAUCCCCAAUCAUAUGACUACUAUUGAGAGAUGUGAAUAACAGCUGCUCGAGGACCU